GAUAAAAUUGCUCUCUGAGGUUUACUUAGUAGUUUUGAAAGAUAUAACUGAAGAAACAACUGAAAUGGAAAGUGAUAACUGGGAGAAAACAUUAAGGAGAUUCCUGGAAAAGGGUUGGCCAUGGAAUUCAUUACUCAACGGGAUCUAAAAUGCCAAAGCACCUAUCUUCUGCUCAUUUGAGCCGAUAAAGACUUUCAUUUUAUUUUUGACUUUUACAAUUGCAGGUGUCACAGAGAAAAAUAAUCAGCAUCAACCCAAUGGUCACCAAGGAUAUGAACUCUGCUGUUUUUAUCUAGAUGGAUGAAAAAGUUAACAGCCCAGAAGGGGAGUUCCUUUUGUUUCCAAGAUGGCAGCAACUAGUGGUGAAAGCCAGCUGCAGCGGAUUAUCAGAGACUUGCAAGAUGCAGUGACUGAAUUAAGUAAAGAAUUUAAAGAAGGAGGUGAACCGAUCACAGAUGACAGUGUCAACUUGCAAAAAUUUUCCUACAAGCUUGAGUACCUUUUGCAGUUUGACCAGAAAGAAAAAAGCACGUUGCUGGGGAACAGAAAAGAUUACUGGGAUUAUUUCUGCGACUGUCUGGCAAAAAUCAAAGGAGCUAAUGAUGGAAUCCGCUUUGUCAAGUCUAUUACAGAACUACGAACCUCUCUUGGAAAAGGAAGAGCAUUUCUUCGUUAUUCCCUGGUUCACCAAAGGCUAGCAGACACCUUGCAGCAAUGUUUUAUGAACACCAAAGUAACCAGUGACUGGUACUAUGCAAGAAGUCCAUUUCUGAAUUCCAAAAUGAGUUCUGACAUUGUGGGUCAACUCUAUGAGCUCACUGAUGUUCAGUUUGACUUGGCAUCAAGAGGCUAUGAUUUAGAUGCCGCUUGGCCAGCAUUUGCCAGGAGGACUCUGUCCUCACUUGGAUCUUCAGCAUAUUUAUGGAAGCCCCCAAGUCGCAGUUCCAGCAUGAGCAGUUUAGUGAGCAACUAUUUGCAGGCACAAGAGUUUCCUUCCAGCCCUGAUGUAAAUAACUCACUAAAUGUUGAACACCUUGAGAGCUACGAAGAGAUGCGUUUAGAACUUGAUCAGGCUGAGCUGAGGCAGAGGGAACUUCAAGAUCGUAUUCACCAGCUAGAAAUUGAAAACCAGGAGCUCCAGGCAGCAGUCAGUCUUCAAAAAGAACAAGUACAGGUAGAAAAGGAGAAGAGCAAUAACUACAGUGAGGAGAACUCCCGGUUGACAAAGAUGAUCACAGAGUUACAGAAGCAGUGUGAGGUCUCAGGCUCCACUCAGAGCACUGUCCAUGACCUGCAGAAGUGCCUACAGUCGCUGGAACUGAGUGCAGUGGAGCAGCAGAAGGAGCAUUCAACAAAGGUGGCACAGCAGUUGACCAGCAAGCAAGAUUGUGCCUCAAAAUUGCAAGUUUCGAAUCAGGAGCUGGAGACCUCUAGGGCUUUGAUUGCUGUGAAGGAUCUUUGCAUUGAUGAGCUCAAAGCCAAACUGAGUUCCACGGAACAGAAGAACCUCAACCUCCUUGCAAAAGUUGAUGCUGCCUUGGAUGAAAAGGGACAGCAAGCCACAGCUCAAUAUGACUUUGCUCUACAAAUACGGGCGCUGUUAGAGAAGCUUCAGGAGAUGGAAAAGGAAAAAGCAGAUAUGCAAAGACUCAAUGAUGAACAUGCAUCUCAGCUGAAAGCAGCAAGGGAGGAGCUACUGCUAAAAGAGCAGGCACAGAAGGAACUGGAAUCCAGAUACAGUAGUCUCACUGCUAACUCCAAAGAAGAGAGUGAAAAGCUGAUUGGGAGCCUGGAAACCGUGGUGAAGGAAAAGGAUGCGCUUCAGAUGGCCCUGACUUUGAAAGGAAAGGAGAUGGCUGAGCUGGAGACCCAGGUAAUGGGGUCGCUGGCUCAGGUGGGUUCACUGGAAAAAAAUCUUGAGGAAGCCAGGAAGGAAAAAGAAAAACUUGAGGAGGAGUAUGGUAGGAGGGAAGGAGCACUGAAGCAGGAAUCCCAGUCGCAAGCAGAGCAACUUGAACUACAGGAGGGUCGCUUAACAAAGGUGAGUCAGACUGUGUGUAGCCUUCAGGAGCAAAACCGGAAACUCAUGUCUGAGAAGGAGCAUCUCGGGCAGAAAAUCAAGGAGCUGGAGCAGCAGAUGGAGCAGCAAAACUCUGCAGUGAGUGAGUUGAAUGAGGAGAGCAGGAAAUUGAAAGCAGAGAAGGAGAAUUUGCAGCAAUCUAAGAAGAAGAUGGAAGAAAAGCUGAAAAACCUGGAAGUUUCUAAAGCUUCCCUAGAAGCUGAGGUGGCCAGGUUGAGAACCUCUGAGAAACAACUUCAGAGUGAGAUAGAUGAUACCCUGGUGUCAGUUGAUGAAAAAGAGAAGAAGCUCCGGGGUGAGAACAAACAGCUGGAUGAAGACUUGCAGAAUGCCAGGAGGCAAAGCCAAAUUCUAGAGGAGAAGCUGGAGGCUCUGCACUCAGAAUAUGAAGAACUAAAACAAAGAGAAGAGACCUCCAAGGAGUCUUAUGCCUCACUUGAAGCACAGCUGAAGAGUGCCAAACAGCAUAGUUUACAGAUAGAAAAAAGCUUGGACACCUUGAAGGAAAGCAAAGAGUGUAUCCAGUCACAGCUCACAGAGAAGGAAGUAGAACUACAGGGCAUGGAGAGCCAAUGUCAGCAGCUAAGAGCAGAAGCUGAAAGAUACAGGAAGAAGGCAGAAACUCUUGAGAUAGAAAAGCUCAGUGUUGAAAAGACAUGCCUUCAUCAGACAAAACUUAUAGAAUCUCUCACAUCAGAAAAGGAAUCAGUGGAGAAACAGCAACUACAGCAGGCAGCAUCCCUGGAGAAGGAGGCAAAAGAACUGGCCUUCAGACUGACCAUGAGUGAAGAGCAGCUGGAGGUCAACCGAGGUGAAGUGUCCAGGCUGCAGGCAGAAGUCCUCGAUCUGCGAGUGAAACUUCAGCAGGCCACUGAUGAGAGAGAGAGGAUGAGAGGUGAGCUCACAGUCGCUGAGACUGUCUUGAGUGAGCAGAAGAUGCUUGUCCAGCAGCUGAAAGAGCAGAGUGAGUCUCUCAACAGAAAUCAUGUGCAAGAACUGGUGCAAUGUAAAGAAAGGGAAAAAAAGCUGGAAAAAGAGCAGGAGAGAACAGCCCAUCAAAAAGCUGAGCUGGAGAAUAAUUUGAUGAACCUAAAGGAAGAACUGUUUAAGGUUAAACAGUAUUUGGAAAGUGCUAGGGUGGAAAACGAAGAAAAUAAAGAUCUCCUCCACAGGACCAACACUGAUAUGGCUGAACUUGGAAUUCAGAUUUGUUCCUUGACCUCUGAAAAGGUGGAUGCAGAAGAGCAGUUGGCCCAGGCCACAGAAAGGUUCAAAGAACUGGAAGAACAGGCAGCAGAGCAACAGGAGAAGCUGAAUCUUGACAUCUCUAAUCUCAGAGAGGAGAACAAGAGCCUGCAAGAGAAAUUAGAGGAGGCCCAAAUGUGUGCCACAGCUGUCCCAAGUCUGCAAUUGCAGCUGGAGACACUAAAGAAACAGGCACAGAGUUUCCAAGAGACCAGCCAAGAAGAGCUGUCAGCAAUAAAAUUUCAAAUGAGCACAGAGAUUCUAAAUUAUCAGACAAAAUUCAAGGCUGUCAGUGAGGAAUGUGGGAAAGUAAGAGAGCAACUUGAGGAGCAGAAGCGACAACAGCAUGCAGCGGAGGAAGAGAUAACAGAAUUACAAGCUGCAAACACGAGUUUGUGUAGAAAGCUGGAUGAAGCAAGAGAACAGCUGUCAGAAUCAGAAUCUGCUCGGCUGCAGAAGGAAGAGGAAGUGACUUCUCUUAGAGAACUGUUGGAAAGGAUCCAAAAAGAGGCUGAUGAAGCAAAAGAGAAGAUCCUGGAUUACACUGAGAAGCUCAACAAGGUAGCAGCAGACAAAGAUAGCAGUGACCAGAAGUUAUUUGCUGAACUGGAUGACCUGACAAGAACAAAGCAGUUCCUUGAGGAGCGUUUGAUAGAACUUAUCAGAGAUAAGGAUGCUUUGUGGCAAAAAUCUGAUGCUCUGGAGUUCCAGCAGAAGCUUAGUGCAGAGCAGAGGUGGCAGGGGGACACAGAAGUUAAUCACUGUCUGGACUGCCAGAGAGAGUUCUCAUGGAUGGUGCGCCGACACCACUGCAGAAUGUGUGGCCGCAUUUUCUGCUACUACUGCUGCAACAACUACAUGGUGACCAAGCUUGGUGGAAAAAAGGAGCGUUGCUGCAGAGCUUGCUUUAGUAAGCCUAGAGUCAUUGUGGACAGUACAGAUGACUCUGGAUCCAGUGCCAACCAGGAAGGAUCACCAGCAUCAUUGGAAUCACCUGUGUCACCAUCUGAGAGGGCUUUUGUUGCAAGUGAAGCCUCUAAACCACCAGAUGAUGCAGCUUUUGAUAUAAUCACUGAUGAGGAGCUGUGCCAAGUACAGGAAUCAGACUCUCUCCACAAUGAAAGUCAGAUGGAAAGAGACUCUCUGGAUCAAAGCGUAACAGAUCUAUGUGUUUGCUGGGCUAAGCAGCUGUUAGGGGCUCUGUACAGCCUCCAGUCUCCGUUUCAGGUUUCUGCCUUUCACACAAUUCGAAACAGCACAUGUAAUUCUUCAACCUUUGAUGAAUCCGAAGACUGGCAAGUUGCUCAAGAUGCUGAGAUAUGCUUGUUGAAGUCAGGAGAAAUUAUGAUGAAAUUACCCCUUACAGUAGAAGAGAUCAUGAAUUUUGGAGAAAGCAACAGAGAGCUGUUUAUCAAAUCCAGCACCUACAGUCUAAUUCCCAUCACUGUUUCAGAGAUGGGACUAACAAUUAGCUGGAUCUUCUCAUCAGACCCCAAAAGCAUAUCCUUCAGCGUUGUCUACCAGGAGUCCAAAGACACGCCGCUGGAUCAGUGCAAAGUUCUUAUCCCUAUGACUCGCUGCAACUCUCAUAAGGAAACAAUCAGAGGACAGGUGAAAGUCAGAAACGCUGGAAUCUACACCCUGAUAUUUGACAACACAUUCUCUAGGUUUAUCUCAAAAAGAGUGUUUUAUCACUUGGCUGUUGAGCGACCUGUCAUCUAUGAUGGAAGUGAUUUUCCAUAGCCUUUACUAUACUGUGUAUUUUUAAUUAAAUUUUUAAGAGAUGCUAUUAUUUAUGUACACGUGUAAGCAUUCUGAUUACCACUGUGUUUGAAAACUUUGAAACUAUGCAAUAGUUCUAAUGCACUUAAGAGGAGAUGUGUACGCUAAAAACGGAAGCCUUUUCAGGAACACUAAUGGUUCUGUACUGUGUACAGAUUGCUGAAGAGCCAUGUUGUUUGGUUUAACAGGUCAAUAGUAACCAAUUUUUUUCAGUGGGGAGAAAAAUAAGUGUGGGGGUGUCUAAAUGCAAACUGAAAUUCUCUGCUUAAAAUUGAGCUAUUUUUCUUCCAAAAAUAUCCUUCAAAAGGAAAUUUAAAGAAAGAUGCCUAUUUUUGACCUCUUCCCUGAGGUGUAAACAUAAUCAUCUCUGUUCUGCUGUACUGCUUUUACAGUCAGAGCAGCAAUUACGCAAUACUUCAGUCUUCACAGGCGAAUAUUGUAAUCCAUCUACAAUUUUUUAUCUUUUCCAAGUUUCAUAAGCAGCAAACCAUAGGAGUUUUAUGCAUUUUGGGCUAAGAAUUGGUAAGUCUUAACUGGGUUUUUCCAGUGCUUUGGCACUGAAUACCAGUUACAAAAUAAUAAAUACGAAGCAGCAAUUCCUUUACUUUGGCUCACCAUACUCUGUAUGUUGGCUCACAGAACCCAGUUCCUACGGUGAGCACCAGUGGCAGAACGCAGAACAUCCCCUGUGGAAUAAAGUACUGCUCACUGGGUGAUAUUGGGAAGAGGAG